CUUAUGUGGACCUAGCAGAUCAGAGGAGCUCGUGAAUCGGUGUAUCAACGGUGCAGAUUGCUUGACGAUUGGUGUGAGGAAACAAUGCAAAGGUGUUAGUGGCUACUUGAUCAACACAAGGUGGCAGAAAAACUUCUGGCUCUUGGCUUAA